AUGACAGACGAUCGAGUACCAGAGAAUGUAAUUGAAAAGGAUACUCCUCCUUUAAAAAAACUAAAAAGACAGAACCAGUCUUCGUCAUUAUUGGAGAAUAUUCCUGACGCUGCAAAAUAUCGACGUUCUUUUAUGCAUAAAGACACUCUACAUUCAUGUUAUUCUACGAAAAAUAAUCUCAUUUUAACGAUCAGUUAUGAUGGUCAUGUCAAGUUUUGGCAUAAGACAACUGAUGGGAUAGAAUAUAUAAAAGAUUUUCCUGCACAUAAUGGGAAAAUGAUUUCUACUAACUUAAGUAAGAAUGAAAGAAUUCUUUCUACUUGUGCUGAUGAUAAUACUAUAAAGGUAUUUGAUGUUGAAGGCAUUGAUAUGGUAAAUAUCAUUGAUUUAGAGUUUCUACCAAACGAUCUAGUUUCGUUUAGUACACCUUCCAUGAGAGAAGAAAUGCUAGCGGUUUCUGAUGCCAAUUCGCCAUUGGUGUAUUUGUUUGAUUUGGAGGGCGAUGGUAAUGUUCUUUACAGUGUAAAAAAACAUUCGACUCCCGUACAUAUAUUGGAAUAUAUAAGCAGCAUAAACUGUAUGUUGUCUGUUGACAAAGGUGGCAUGGUAGAAUACUGGAGCCCAGAGGAGCCAUUCGGAAAACCAAAUGCACAAGGCAUGUUUGAAUUAAAGAGUCAAACGGAUUUAUAUAUUUUUAAGAAAUCCAAAAGUGUACCAUCAUCUAUUCAGAUAAGUCCAUCGGGAAAAUAUUUUUCUUCGAUUUCCUAUCCGGAUUGGAAAGUCCGGGUUUUUGAUGCAAAAAGUGGGCGGAUAUUGGUGGAAUUUGAUGAACAUCCUUUUAAUGCGGCAAAGAAAAUGGAGCAUGCGUUGGAAAAAGAGGAUGUGAACUCUUUGUAUUUCAUGAACCAAGUAGAAUUUGGAAGAAGAUUGGCUAUCGAAAGAGACAUAGAACGACUUGGGUGGUUAGCUGGUACAACUGCUAUUUUUGAUGAAAGUGAGAAUUACAUUAUAUAUGGAAGUAUUCUCGGAGUGAAAAUUCGGUCGAUUGCAGAUGGAUCGCUGGCGCGGGUACUUGGACGAGACGAAAGUAUACGUUUUGUGAAACUUUCACUAUACCAAGGAGCUCCCAAGAAAGGGAAAAUGGCAUCUUUGGAAAUUAUGGCCAGUAACAAUCCUUUGGUAGAAGAAAGCUUUCGAAAAGAUCCAACUUUAUUUUGUACUGCAUGGAAAAAGCAACGCUUUUAUUUAUUUGGAUCAGCCGAUGAGAACAUAACUUUGGCUGAUCGCGAUACGCUGAAUGAGCAUACAGGAGGAUUUGCAAAUGAAUCGAAUAAGGCCGAAGAAAAGACUGCACUCCUAGGGAAAGCUGCCAUACUACACACUACCCAAGGAGAUAUCAGCAUUAAACUUUUACCUGAAGAAGCACCAAAGGCCGUUCAGAAUUUUACCACUCACGCAGUUAAUGGAUACUAUGAUAACACGAUCUUUCAUCGCGUUAUAAAAAAUUUCAUGAUUCAAGGGGGAGAUCCAUUAGGUGAUGGCACUGGGGGAGAAUCUAUUUGGGGUAAAGAUUUUGAGGACGAAUUUUCUCCAAAUCUAAAGCAUGAUCGUCCUUUUACGGUUUCGAUGGCGAAUUCUGGUCCCAACACAAAUGGUUCCCAAUUCUUUGUUACGACUGAUUUGACUCCCUGGUUGGAUGGAAAGCAUACAAUAUUUGGUCGUGCGUAUACUGGGUUAGAUGUUGUUCAUCGUAUCGAGCAAAGUGAGACGGACAAAUUUGAUCGCCCUCUUGAGUCCGCAAAAAUCAUCAACAUCUCUAUCCUGUAUAACUAG